AUGUCCACGCGCUUCGCCGCGCGCGGCGUCCGCGGCGGCAACGUCCGCGCCAGAGCGCUCGCGCAGCGCAUCAUCGCGGCGGCUGGCGACAACGGCCCGGAGGCGCUCAACAAGGAUGCCAAGCGGCGGCAGAUGGAGAUGACGCCCAAGGGCGACGACACCCCGGAGCAGAUCCUUCGAGUGAGCCGUGGAACGUCGUUCGAGGGGCUCAAGGCGGCGCGCAGGGUGGCGCUGGAGCAGGCCAACGCGCCGGGUUUCGACGGCGACGCCGAGCAGAGGAUCGGGAAGAUCAACUGGGCGUUCGACGCGCUCGUCGAGGAGAGCCGCGCGUUCUUCGCGAACGCGGUGGAGGCCAAGCCCGACGACGCCGACGCGCGGUACAGGAUGGGGAACUUCUACCAGACGAUCGAGAAGUUCGGCGAGGCGGAGGAAUGCUACAGGCGGGCGAUCGACCUCGACCCGAGGCAUCUGGAUUCGUGCAACAACCUCGCGAUGAUACUGCAGGCUAAGGGCGACGAGAAGAGCGUCGACGAGGCUGAGGCGUACUACCUCAGGUGCGUGGAGAUCGACGACAGGUGCGUGGACGCCAUGUUCAACUGGGCCACCCUGAAGCUCCACUGCAGGAAGGACCCGGACGCGUGCAGGGUGUUGAUCAACCAGAUUGUCGUCAUCGAGCCGGAACUGAAAGACCACAAGUUGGUCAAGCUGCUCCGCGGCGAAGAGGACGCGUGA